AUGGCGAGGGGCGGCCGCCGCGCUCAGCCCGGGCUCCGCAUGGCCCCGCCGCCGCCGCCCCCCGCCCGCCCCCCGCGCACCCCCGCGACCGCGCACCGCCCCCCGCGCACCGCCCGCGCACCGCGCCCGGCACCGCGCACGGCUCAUCCCGCACCGAGCCCAGGCACCGCGCACCGAGCCCGGCACCGCGCACCGAGCCCGGGCACCCCGCACAGCUCAUCCCGCACCGAGCCCGCGCACCCCCGCGACCGCUCACCGCCCCCCGCGCACCGCCCGCGCACCGAGCACCGCGCACCGAGCCCGGGCACCGCGCACCAAACACAGGCACCGCGCAUGGCUCACCCCACACCGAGCCCGGGCACCCCGCACCUCCCCCCGCGACCCCGCACCGAGCCCGGGCACCCCGCACCGCGCACCGAACCCGGGCACCGCGUACGGCUCAUCCCGCACCGAGCCCGCGCACCGCGCACCUCCCUCCGCGCACGGCUCACCCCGCACCGCGCACGGCUCACCCCGCACCGCGCACGGCUCAUCCCGCACCGAGCCCGGCACCGCGCACAGCUCACCCCGCACCGCGCACGGCUCACCCCGCACCGCGCACGGCUCAUCCCGCACCGAGCCCGGCACCGCGCACAGCUCACCCCGCACCGCGCACGGCUCACCCCGCACCGAGCCCGGGCACCGCGCAGCGCCUCCUUCCUGCCCCGGGCACCGGCUCCUCCGGCUCGCAUGCACACCUAG